AAUUUUUAAUUGUUUUGAUUAUAGCUAUAUAUGUAUAAAUGUAUUUCAGGAUCAAAGCUAAAUAAUGUCUGGGUUUUUUUAUUUUGUUAUUGUUGGUGAAAACGACAAUCCAGUGUUUGAAUCAGAAUUUAAUAGUCAAGGAAAGUCAACAGUUUUGGAGCCACACCUGAAGGGUAAAGAUGAUCAUAGACACUUAAAUCAAUUUAUUGUACAUGGUGCUCUUGAUCUUGUUGAAGAGGUUAUGUGGACAACUAAUAAUAUGUAUCUAAAAGUUGUUGAUAAGUUUAACGAGUGGUUUGUGUCUGCUUUUGUCACUGCUAGUGGUACCAAGUUCAUGAUGCUUCAUGAUGCCCGCAAUGAUGAUGGAAUAAAGAACUUUUUUCAAGAUUCUUAUGAAACAUAUUCUAAGCUAAUGAUGAACCCUUUUUAUGAGCAUAACACAAGAAUACGUUCAAGUGUUUUUGAAAGAAAAGUCCAGAAUUUUGGAAAGAAAUUUUUGUCUUUGUGAAACAAGUUGUAUAGGUAUAUAUGAAGUUUAUUUGAAAGUUAGAGUAUUAAUUAUACAUCACAACGGUUUGAGUAACUUCACCACAAUAAUUUAUGAAUUCCAAAUAACUGAAAAAUGUACUAUUGUCAUGGUUGCUUUUAACAAAUAUGCUGUCAAAAUUUUUAUCUGUUAUAUUUUAAACAAUACUUUUUAAAAUCA